AUGGCUGAUUUCCAGACGUCGACUCACCGUGCCAAGUGGAUUUUUACUCCUCAGGACCUGGUAAGCUCUCCUCUUCCUAAGAUUUCUCCGUAUUCACCCCUUUCACCCUCAUGCCGCUCACAUGGCUUGGUUCCAUUCAAAGAGAACUACAGGGUGCGCCUUUUGUAGGAUGAUUCGUUUAUCUUUGCUUCCGUGGAAAAUUAGCUUAGAGGAAGUGAAGGGGUUGGGUGUCGGGGCCGUCGUAUGUCUAAAACUGCGGGGGGAUCCCAUAAUGAUUGCUGGUCAUCCUAUCUAUUGGUGACAUGGAAUGGCUAAUGGUCAUGACUUAAUCUAUAUAGUACCAAAUGGCGCUGACAUGUUGCAACACUGUGGAGGAUAUUAUGAACUGAUAGUUAUCGACUCACUAACGACAUGGCUACUUCUUUGCGCCUUUGAACGCCGAUCGUGCUCGGAUAUUGUGACACUGCUUAUGCUUUCUUGCAUUUGAUUUGUGCAAUUUUUGUCUCUCGAGUAUGAACAGCAUUAGAAAAGGGGAAAUGGAAACGAGAAUAACCUUUGCUCGAUUAUCAUAUCAAAACUGUUGGUGUCUACAUCUUAUAAAUUUAAUUAAAUUCCUUUUCGAUGAUAAUCGUAGGUGGAGAAGUACGCAGUUGCGAAUGACCGAGCAAAAAGGGGACUUGAACAGGUAUGCCUUCGUUCUGCCCCAGGGUGAAAGGAUUUGCCCGAAAUUUUUAUCACGUAAUGUUCCCCGCAUCAGAAACUUUAUAAUGUACCAUCCCCCAAGUCAAAACAAGCAUUCUUUUGAUUAUCUGGACAAACAAAGGAGUCAACUGUCCAUUCACUUCCCUGGGUAUAGAUGAUAUUAUCUGGAGAUUGCCCGGUUCGAUUUUGAAUCUCUGGCAUUUCAUCAUGGACACUUCUUCCUUAUUUUGGGAUUAACAUGAUGUUUGAUCUAGCUGAAUUUUCCUAUUGUCUUUCAAUGAGAUAUAAAGUGAGUUAUAAGCACCAGAAACUUGCGACUUUUCUUUUGAAGGUCUUAGCCUUGUCGCCAAGAAGCUCUCCAAAAAAUAUUACACUUCAAUACAUCGGCUUUCCGUGCUUGUAAUGCUCUUAGAAUGCUCUUCCAACGCACGAGUUGUUUAAUUGCAUUUUUAUUUUUUUCCCAUCUGCAUUCAUUUUUUAUUUUAUUUUGCAUUAAUCUUCCAUAGAUGAUACUUUCUAUAGCAUGGAGUCAGACGGUCAGAAGAAGGCACCGAUGGGUCAUUGUCACACACAACAAAAACUGAUUCUAAAGAAAAUGGUAAGCCUAUGCCCUUCUCUGAUUCCUCAUGUCAGUGUCUUUAAAACUCUUAAGGAUAUACUCUUUUUCUAUGUCAAUGCGUUUCUACUUUUUUGUUUGGUUAUAUGUUUUGUAACUCCCCUUUAUUGAUUUUACUUUGUUCUUCAAUGUUGACACUGAAGUUUUAUGCACUUAGGUGGACGCCAUUCGCGUUCAAAGCCACUGAACUGUGAAGAGGAGCAACUUAUGCGGAUAUUUUAUGAGCACAAGAUUCAAGAAGUUUGUGCAGCAUUUAAAUUUCCACACAAAAUUCAGGUGUGCAGUUUUUUAUUUUGAUAGAAUCCAAUGCCAGCUGAUAUGCAAAUAAGAAAAUUUCUGAUAAUGAGUUCUUUUUAUAUUGCACAGGCAACAGCGAUCAUAUACUUCAAAAGGUUUUAUUUGCAAUGGUCUGUGAUGGAGCAUCACCCGAAGCACAUAAUGUAUGCUGUGAUGGGUUUCGUUUUCUAUAUUCAUCUCGAUGAUGAGCUUUAUAAUCUGCAUCAGUCGUAUCUACAGUGAUGAAGUUUAUCGUUUUUUAUUUAUCGAAACAGUAAACAACCUAACAACUUUGGUCUCUGGAAAUAAAUUUUUGUGAUAUUCUUCUCCACCUGUGCUCAAAAGCAAUACACCAUUAUAUCCUUUUAUCCAGCCAAGUCAGGUCUCUUAUCUUCAUCCCUUGGAUCCAUAUCUAUCUGUUUUUUAUUGGCACAUUGUUUAACUUAAUUGUUUUGACUAAAUCUUAUUUUGAGUAAAUAAUGUUCUGUGUUUUUGUUCCUGUACGUUUUUAUGUUUUGACCAAAGAACUUUAAUAAGAUAUAUUUCUAGUAUUUUAUGAGAAGGAUAAGGCAAUAGCUCUAAAACAUUUCAGAAGGUAAGUUUUGGUUGAGAAUUGUGUAACCAAAUUAAUACCAGGUUAAUUUGAAAAAUAAGAGUUCAUUUUUUUUGCUUGGAUUUUGGGAAAAAAAAUAAAAUUGAAACCGUAGGAUCAAUCCUGAUUGCUAGUGCCAGUCUAACCUGGAGUUACCCAAUUUAUCCUGCCACUAAUGCAAUUUCUCCUGCCAUUAUGUGGAAAAGUUUACUGACGAAAAAGCAAGGAAAGAACACGAGUGCUUUGGCGUUUUAAGAGAAAGGAUCGGCUCAUUCUAGUCUGCUUCACAACAGAAAAUAGUGAAGUUUCACAUCACGAUUUAUUUUUCCUUAGCAAACGUCCUUGCUAGCCCUAUGUUUCCUCUAAAGUAUGUUUAAUCCUCUCUUAACUAUGCUUGCAAUGUUUUAAUACAUCUAUGUGGAUAACCACUUUUGGGUUGUUUCCCCCUCAUAAUUAGCUUGAUUUUAAUCUUUAUCUAGUACAUGGGGAAAAGAAAAUUUCAAUCGCUCAUCUGAAUAGGAGGAAAUCUAUUUUCAAUCCACAGGCUAACUUGCAUCUAUGCAUCCUGCAAGAUUGAAGAAAGCCACGUCUCUGCAGAGGAGCUUGGUAAGGGGAUUGAACAAGAUCAUCAUGUGAUUCUGAACAAUGAAAUGAUCGUUUUUCAGGUGAGUUAAUUCCGCACAUAACAAAACGUUUCGUUGCUUUUGGAUAAUUUUUCGUUUGUAUCAUUGUUUAUGUUUUUUUGUAGGGCUUGGGGUUUGAUCUCAUUGUCUAUGCUCCAUAUCGAUCCAUUGAGGGCUUUGUUGUUGACAUGGAGGUGAGAAUUCACUUUGGCUGUGAGGACUAACUUUGAUUCCAUUGCCUUACGCUCAUCUUUUUCGUUUCUCUUGAUGCUGGCUUUUUAGGACUUCUGUCGAGCAGGUAAUGAUCAACAACAAACGUUUAAGGUAAUACUUAGAGCCUUAUGGUAUUCUUUCUGCAUGCUCAUGGUAAUGAGGUGGUACCCAGCUUGCAAUACUUUAGGAUGAUCAUAGAAUUAAAAGCAACUUUUGUGAAUGUUCUCUACGCUAUGAUUUGAUUUUGUUUACCAUAACCUUAUAAUAUCUGAACCAAUAUUUAAUUAUUUUAGUUUGUAUUUCUAGAUGCCUUGGUGAAAUUGGAUCCGUAUGUAGGAAGUUGUGCAUGAUCAUCUGUUGGUGGUGCAUCCGAAUAGGCAAAGAGCAAGUGCGUUUUGAAAAGGUUAAUAUGAUCUGAGGAGGUCUUCGUCUUCUUUUUCCCCAUCUUAAGUACCGAGGGGGAUGAUAUGAUGUUUUGACAAAAAUAGUGUAAAAUAUGAUCUCAUUUCCUGCACUUUAUCUUGGUAAAUUUAUAAUAUUUUAUGUCGUUUGUUAGUAAAAAAAAAAUCCCCUCAAAAUCAGUUGAAUGCAGUAAAUUGGGGGGAUCAAGUUCAUGUUGCACCACGAUGAUUUGUGAUUAGAACGAGCCCAGCAUGCAUUUUUCGUUGUAAACAAAGAAGUGAGGAAGCUUGUUCGGGAUCUCUAGUGAGGAAACAAAGAUGGUUAUGGUGUUCCAACCCAUUUUUCCAUCUUGAUGAUAAUUUUAUUUCCUUUUCAAUACCCGAACUGUACCACAUAUUAGAUCUAUGAGCGAGUUACUAACUUAUCUGCUCCAUCAUUAGGACUUGAGAGAUACAGCUAUAUCGGAGACAGACUUGACUAUGCUGACUGACGCCCCGCUUCUCUUCCCUCCUGGGCUGGUAUUCCUCUUCUGUUUAAUGCUUUCUACAUUAUCUUUUAUCGUAAGAUCGUGGAUUCGGCAUGCUGUGCAUAGUAUACCAAAUAAAAGCAGAACUAUAUUACUGUGAAAAAUCACCCAAUAUCACUUGGACUGUAUGAUUUCGGUGGGUGGGGAAGCACUGGAGAUCUUGACCUGUUCGUCACUGAAGAAGAGAGGAGCAGGUGGAGGACCAACAAGGGCCUGCUUUACCGACAAAAAUAGGAUGAUUUCUGACCUUUAAUCUUCUUGUUCAGUAGCCAAACUGAGCGCAAAGUUUCUUCUUUUGGGCAUUUUUUUCCGGUAUUAACCAGGUUGACUUCCCUCCCCCAUGAGAUUAAUGUCUUAUAUAUACUCUUAAACCUUCAUAAAAUCGAUGGUGGGAGCACCAUGAUCCGUUAUUUCCCUGCAUGUCGACCACCUGGAUUGCAUAGCAGUGCAUUAAUCUCCUGUUCAUGGGAUCUUCAGCUUCUUCUUGAUGGUUUUUCCUCGUUAAGACUUGAUCCGCCUACUUGGGUACUGGGUUUGUCUUCCAAUGUCUCGAGCUGCCGUUGACUUGGGAUUCCAUCACUUUGUCAUCUGUAGUUGGCGUUGGCGGCCCUGUACAAGUCAAACGAGACGCACAGAGCUCUCAAUUUCGAAAGGUCGUUGACCCCGCUACUCCCCUCUCCCUUUUUUACUCCCCUCUCCUUUUUUUCUUGAGCUCUGCGUUGACCAGUUGUAUUUUCAGUUAUUUGGACAGCCUGAUGUCCCGCCGGAGCUCUCUGACCGGCGCUGGGGAGCUCAUCGAAUCCGUCAAGACCAUUAAUGCCCUGGUAUGCCCGAUCUCGCCUCACAAGCAUUUAUUUAUCCGUUUUAUUCCACCUAUAUUUUGUCGUGAAAAAAGAUAUUUAUCCAACGGAAAUAUAGCGAUUAAUUGAGGCGUUGAUCGAGGCCAAGGAGCAGAUUUAGAAAUCCAUCAGCUGUUCCGCUCUGCAGGUGGACAAGCUCCGGAUCCCCACAGCUCACGAUAUGAAGCACAUCGAUCGGAAGCUGAAGAGCUGCUUAGAUCCGGGCUCUCUAGACGAGUAACUCUCAUUCUCUAAAUCAUGCGUUAUGCAUGGUUUUAGGGUUCUUGGGUUUUAAAGCAUGGGAAAUGCAGCGUUAAAUGAGAUCCUGAAAUGCGUCUUUUUUUUUACAGGAAGAAACGGGAGAAAAGAUCGAAACACAAGUCCAAGAAAGCAUCUACUGAGGCCCAGGCUGCGCCUUCUGCUGUGUACUAUCCUCUACGCGUUGACUUUUUUCUGUUCUUGGAUGGGGCCAUAUGUUUUACUGUCUGUUGUUUUUUUUUCAUUGAUAUAAUUAUUUUUCUGACGAGUUUUCUCUCACUAACCAGGUGAAUAAGUAUUCCCCACGAAGUUUAUCAAGUGGCUAGAUCACUGCUGAUUACGCUGGAGACGAAGCAGAGAUUUUCGGAAAAUCCCAGGACUCGGAAUUUAUCUUCUCCACCCGGCUGAUCUCGUUGGUUGACCGAGCUGAUCCUUGAUAGUUAUUAUUAUUAUUAUUAUUAACGUUAUUCUCCGCAUGGGUGAGGGGUUUAUUUAUGUGGCUACUACCAUGUUUUAUAUAAAGUUAGUAAAAAAAUCAUCUCUCUUUCUCUCAUCCUUCGUUUGGUUUCUUGUCGGUCAACCUUUAAUUCGGCUGCCGAUCAGGUUUUAUAUGGGGGGAUUAAAAGAACUGAUCAGAUACUUUACUCAACGUCCUGAGCUGUUGGGUCAUCAAUAUCUCCUGAGCUGUUAUUCUAGAGAGAGAGAGAGAGAGAGAGAGAGGACAUGGAGCUUCUAAAUUCGUUCAAUAAGGAUUUGAUCUAGUAUUCUAAAUGAGUCCCUUGAACAUUCUGCUAGAUCAUCGAUUGCAGCGUGAGAUGUGCUGUUCUGGAGAGAGAGAGAGAGAGAGUGGGCGUUGGAGAAGAUUUGAUCUGCUGGUUCCUAGUAAUCCACGCAAACACCCUUCUAGAUUAUCAUUGAUAGCGUGCGCUUUGCUAUUAUAGGGAGAGAGGGAGAGAGAGAGAGAGAGAGAGAAAGAGUGAAAGCGGACAGGACCAUUGUUUAGUCUGCAACUGAAUAUUUGAUCUAAAUAUUCUAAGAACACCCUGUCAUCGUUUAGCCUAGAGAUAA